AUGUUCUUCUCCAACAGAGAAAACAGUACCACAUCAAAAAGAACAGCAGCAAAAGCAAACCUACCUGCUGAAAGAAAAACAAAAAGGAAAAUAACUGAUGAAGAAUAUGAAGUGAAGGAAGAAAAUAUAGAAAAAGCUUUAAUUGUGGAACGGGAGGUUUCCCCUUUGGCGAUGAUUACCAAAGAAGUUCCUGCAAAAAAGAAACCAAAGAAAUCAAUUGCUGUUUACAAGGAAAAAGUAGCAGAAGAAGAGGAAGAAAAAACUGGAGUUAGAGGAGGACAUGGAAAAUUCAUCAGUUUCAUUUCCAUGAUGAAUGAACAGAAGAAGGAGGCCGUUCGGAAUAUCGGUCUAGGAGCAUUGCUAGAUUUCCAGCUACCUACUUCAUCCCAACAAUUUGUUACAUGGCUAUGUAACAACUUUGAGGAAAACAGCCAAUAUCUUUAUCUGCCGAAGAAUGAGAAAAUCCUGAUAGAAUUUGAGGACGUGAAAAAGAUAUAUGGCCUUCCUAGCGGUGAAGUAGACAUAGUUGAGGCAAAGUCUGACAAGGCUAGUGAAGAGUUUUCUGCAUUCAUGGCAAGUUGGAAAAAGAUCUUUGGGAAUAAGGUCCCAUCAGUUCAGAAAAUUUUAAAGUACUACAGUCAAGAAGACCAAAUUGAGGCUGGACCGGAUGCAAAUUUCAUUACAAGCUUCUUGGUGGUCACUGUCAACACGUUGAUCAAGAGCACGUUGUCAAACCAAGCAUACUUCAAAUUUUUGUUCUCAAUGAUGAAUCAUGAGCAGAUCCGGAACUUGAAUUGGUGCAAGUAUGUGUGGGAGGCACUGCUCUCAACUACUGCACAGUAUAAGAAAAACCUGAAACAAAAGGACAAAGCAACAUUUUUCACAGGACUAUUGCCGUUAUUGACGAUUUUCUAUUUUGACAGAGUUCAAAGAAUGAACUUUUUUCCUCCAAGACGAAUUCCACUUGUGUCCUGCUGGACAAAGGAAAUAGGACACAAACGGAAUAAAUUGGAGGAAAGUGGCUUUGGAUUGGGGAAGGUGUUACCCAAAAUCAAUAUUGAAGAAAAACAAACUCGCAAGGAGUUUAUGGAUGAGUUUGUCGGUAUAAUUCAAGCUGUUGGUGACAAUUUGUCAAAGCUUUCUGAUUCACUGAAGAAGGCGCAAGAAUUCUUCCCAGGAAAUGAGUUGGUAUCUAAAGUGGAAGAGUUCUUGUCAAAAAUGGCAAAAGAACCAUCAUUAAGCCAAGAUGAGUGGUCUGAUGACUUCAUUAAGGCUCUGUUGGAAAAAGAAAAAGAGUUGUUGGAUGCAAUUGAGCUGGAGAAAAACAAAGCAAAAAAGGAUAAGCAGAGAUAUGAGUAUAAUAUCAAGAAUGCAUUCGACUUGGGACUUUCACCAUCACCGAUAAUAGAUGAUGACAAGUUGAAACGUGAGAAAGCUGGUACAUCCACCUCUACGCCAAGUUUGUCACUUGAAGAAAUAGAUGAAUCUUUGGCUUCUGCUAUGCUGAAUCUAAAACAAAGAAGAGAGGAAGAGAAAAAAGAAAAUGAAAUUGCAAAAGCUAAGAAAAUGAUGCAAGCAGAAUCAGAAGUGAGUGAACCAACUUCAGAAAAACCAAAAACAACAGUGGAGGAGAUUGUUGUACAAGAAGAGAAGAUUGUGAGCUCGGAUGAAGCUACAGUGGAGCCUGAGUUGCAUGUAUCAGAAAUGAUGCCUGUAACUAAUGUAAUUGAAGAGGAGCCUGCACCAGAAGUGAGAAAUGAAGAGGAUUCUGCACCACAAGUGAUUGAGAAGAAGGUUACACCAGAUGGGGUCGAGGAGCAGCCUGCAAAAAAUAAGACAAAUGAAAGUGCUGAACCACAAGUGCUUGAGAACACGGUUGCACAACAAAUGGUUGAGGAGCCAGCAGAACCUCAUACUCCUACACAGUCGCAGGUGCAACAACCAGUGGAAGCUGAACUAUCUGUUGGUGCAGAACAAUCUUCUCUUCCUUCACCAAAAACUCCAUUGAAUGAAGUCUCAAUAUCAACAUUAAUUUCAAGCACAAAAACAGAUUUGAAAUUGGACGAAAUUUUUGAAGACAAAGGAGAAAAAGAAGAUGAAGGAGAAGGAAAUGAGAAAGGUGACAAAGGAAAAAGACCUCAAAGGAUUCACAAACUACCGGCUGCCUUCUCUUCUCCAUAUUUGGUCAAGUAUCGAGACUUGUUCAAAAAUCUGGACACAAUGCAUCAAAGCCUAGCAGAUUAUGUCUUAAGUGGUCAGGACAACAGUGAGGUUCUUUAUUUUGAUGGAUACAACUACAUCAAUAGAGAGGACAUGAAAACACUGGUUGAUGAAGCGGAAGUGGUUGACUGUGUGAUUGAUUCAUGGUCAAAGUAUCUAAAUGCAAAGGGCCAUAAAGAUAAACUCUUCCUUUCAACAGUUCCAUAUGUAAGUAUAAUAAUUGAUGUUAUUUAA